CAACCACAGCAAAAGCUAGCUCCUCCAAUAGUGAGGGAGAUUAUCAACUUGUACAACAUGAGGUUUUGUACUCAACAACCAACCAAUAUGAAGUUCUGGAAUUUCUUGGCAGGGGCACCUUUGGUCAGGUGGUUAAGUGCUGGAAGAAAGGGACCAAUGAGAUUGUGGCUAUUAAAAUCUUAAAGAAUCACCCUUCAUAUGCACGGCAAGGUCAAAUUGAAGUCAGCAUUCUUCACAGGUUAAGUCAAGAAAAUGCUGACGAGUUCAACUUUGUACGUGUAUAUGAGUGUUUCAACCACAAAAACCAUACCUGCCUUGUAUUUGAAAUGCUGGAACAAAAUCUGUAUGAAUUUCUUAAGCAAAACAAGUUUAGCCCACUACCAUUGAAAUAUAUCCGUCCCAUUUUGCAUCAAGUUUUAACAGCUCUUCUUAAGUUGAAACAACUUGGUCUCAUUCAUGCUGACCUGAAACCUGAAAAUAUCAUGCUAGUUGAACCUGGACGUAACCCAUUUCGUGUCAAAGUCAUAGAUUUUGGAUCUGCAAGUCAUGUUUCUAAAGCUGUUUGCUCUACUUAUCUACAGUCCAGAUAUUACAGGGCUCCAGAGAUUAUUUUAGGUUUGCCUUUUUGUGAAGCAAUUGAUAUGUGGUCUUUGGGUUGUGUCAUUGCCGAAUUAUUUUUGGGUUGGCCCCUUUAUCCUGGGUCAUCUGAAUAUGACCAGAUUCGUUAUAUCAGCCAAACGCAAGGUUUACCAGCAGAACAUAUGUUGAAUGCAGCUACAAAAACAACUCGUUUCUUCUUUAGAGAAACUGACAGUAGCUAUCCUUUCUGGAGACUAAAGACACCUGAAGAACAUGAAGCAGAAACUAACAUCAAAUCAAAAGAAGCGAGAAAAUAUAUAUUUAACUGUUUGGAUGAUAUGGCCCAGGUAAAUGUGCCAAAUGAUAUAGAAGGAGGGGAACUUUUAGCAGAAAAAGCAGAUCGGAGGGAAUUCAUAGAUUUGUUGAAACGCAUGUUAACUUUAGAUCAAGAUCGUCGAAUAACACCUGGAGAGGCUCUUAAUCAUACAUUUGUAACUCUGGCUCAUCUUGUUGACUACUCUCAUUGUAGCAAUGUGAAAUCUUCUAAUCAAAUGAUGGAGGUAUGCAGAAAAAAUCGACAUUCAUUUGACAACAAUGGAAAUCAAGUUUCAAUUGUGAGCAAUUUAUCAUCAACUUCUAAUGUUGCAUUGGCAUUUAACAACCAACUGAAUAAUUUGCAAAACCAGUACCAGUUACAGUCUGCAAGUUUUUACCAGCCUGCUCAUCAAGUUGCUGCUGCUCCAAGAGUUAACAUAUCUCAAGCACAAGCACAACCUCGUGUUGCUGCUGUUACUACUAAUCAAUAUGUUGCUGCUGCUGCCGCCGCAGCUGCAAGAGCAGAUUCUUUUCAGCAUGCUGCCCAGUCAUUGUGUGUUUCCUCAAUUUUAUGUCCUUCUUAUCAAGGAUUAAAUUCACCUGCAAAGCAUGUAGUUCCUGUAGUAGCUCAAGCUGCUCAGCCUCAGGCCCUUCAUAUUCAGCCAUCACUCUUAACACAGGUUGGUGCCCAGCAGUACGUUCCUGUUUCUGUUGUUGAACAAAAUGGUCGUCCAAUGCUUUUAACUAAUGCUGUUCAGUCUGGUUGGCCCACUAGUCGACAGAUGUAUGUCCCUUGGCAACAACUUUCCUCACAAAGAGCAAUACAACAGCCUCUAUUAUCCGAUUCAGAUUCGUGGAGUCGCUCCUUAGUUCUUGAAAGAGCCGCUUUACUUCCCGAUCAGCCCGCUGUGAUUCCUGUCGAAUUGCAUGAGCCAACUGUAUAUGAACAUUUACGAGACAGAAGUUCUCAUUUAAACCCUCUUCUGCCUCAGCAAACAGCAGCAGCCCUAGUAGCCCCAAGCUUACAACAAACAUGGGGGGUAGUUGGAGCAAGUUCUGGUUCAGCCCAUUGUGCAAUUUUACCAACAAGACAUGCUCAAUCAUCAACUAGUAGCAAAAUAUCUUCAGGAAGCACAAGUACCUCUUCAAAACGACAAACAAAAUUAAGACCCAGCAAGGAGAAGGACAUCGGGAAUUGCCAGCUAUCUCCCGUUAAAAAAAGAGUUAAAGAAAGUUCUCCUCCUAAGUGGGAAAGCCCUCAAAACCAGCAGAUUUCACAUCAUGUCCAAACAAGUGCAAAUUGUUGCCCAACCUUGACUCAAUGGGAAGCAUCACGGUCAAGCAGGGCGAGUGAGAGGCCAAAGAUAACAACUUCUGUGGCAGAAAAAGAAAGGUUACGGCCCACAAUUAUCAUUCAUGACGAUACUCCAAGCCCAGUUGUUAGUGUCAUUACUAUUAGUUCAGACUCAGAUGAGGAAGUGGAAUCAACUGUAAAUUGUAAAAAAGAAAAGUGCAAAGCUUGUGACAAAUCAAAUAAACUAUCGAAACACAAUUUGCUCAGUAUAAGUACUGCAGAAGUAUCAUCUACAACUAAUUGUGCCAGUGUACUACCUUUAACUCCUGAUGAAGAAAGUAAUUUAUGUUGUGCACCACCAACAAGCAAACAAAAUCGAUAUGGAAAUAUUCAUGGGCCAACGCAACCUCAUCGAAAAAACGUGAUAAGUUGCGUCACUGUUCCAGACUCCGAUUCAGAAGGCUAUUAUAGUCCCUUGCAAGCUCUUCCCCAUUUUACUUCUGCUGUAUCUGGGAAAAUUAUCAAGCCUGAGCCACAGAAAGAACAAACUAGCAGGCAUACUAUGUCCCAAAAGAAAAGGUUAUUGGACAAAGUUCAGUCUGAAGCUAAUUUGGAGAAACAGAAUCAGUUUGCCAGCCAAAACUCCCUUAUUGUACCAACGAAGCAGGAGAUCCUGGCUGAAGAUGAUUAUGCAGACCAGUCACAUUCAUCAUCAAACCACUUUGAGAGCAGCCAAUCAAAAGCAACAGUCUCUUCGGGUAGCGCAGUUUCUCUCUCUAAUCGCUAUAUUUUAAGUGGUCAUGAGAAAGAUUCUUAUCCUUAUUAUUCAAAACAGCAAGUGCAAAAUUUAGAAGGAGAGAAGCUUAUUAAGUGCAAUAGUUCUCCAUUGCGAAGCAAAGAGAAAGCUGCUGUUUCCUGUAGUUCACAUCUGAGCAGCAGAGCUGUUUCUAAUCGUCAUGGACCAAAUGUUACUUCGGCCCAUCUGUCCCCAUUACAACAUGUCGGACAACCUUUGUACCUGACAACUCAACCCGAUUUAUACAGGGAAUUCUGUAGGCCAGCUGUAUAUGUCACAUCCGGCCUUUCUCAUCAGUCAUAUCUACCUGCAACAAACCAGCCACAAAAAUACGUCAUUACACCUGGUCAAAUUUCAUCUGCCCCAUUUUCUGCAACCCAGUUGCCUGUUCCUCCACCUGCACACCAUCAUCAUAACUCCAACCGAUCUUCCAUCACCGCUGCCAUUCCUUAUGCCACAGCUCAUAGUUCUUCGCACCCAUUGCCUGCUCACCUCCAACCAGCCUCUGCAAACCCAGCUACAGCAGUUUUACCGACAGGUGCUGUAUCCAUCGCCCCAUUUCCAAGUGCCCAAGCUCUUGCUCCUCUCUACAGCUACAACCUAAAUCCCUUGAGCCCGGCAAAAUCAUCCUACAGUCAUCUGUACCAGAUGUUUGGGGAGUGAGAACAAAAACUAUGCAAGAUUUUUACCAGCAUUCAACCUCUUCGAAGCAUGAAUGAGACAAGUUCAGUAGUUAAAGAAGAUUCUUGUUGUUAUAUUAACUGCAUAAUGUAUUAUGACCAAAAUACAAGCAAAUUUGUGAUGCUGUAUGUUAGUGUGAUUGUUUUUAUUUUGUUUUGCUGAAUGGUGCAUUGUUUUCAUAUUUUUAGAGCUCUGCCUUUUAUGCAUACUUCGAGGCACAAAUAAUGUAUAGGCAUUCUUUUCUUAUUUACAUCAAAAUAAAAUUGGUACUUUAGUGUUAAAUUAGCAAGCAUAAAACAUGUAAAUAGAUGUAUAUAUCUAUAUAUAUAUAUAUGUAAUUGUACUUUUAAACUGUAUGUUCUUCAUUAUAAUUGUAAAUAUUAUUUAACAGCUGUAAUUAGAUUUAUUUUAUUUUUAUAGUGUACAAAAGGGAGUGUUUUGUGAUGAACGAGGAUUUUUUACAUCUUGCAAUAUCAUACUUCACGUGUUACUGUUUUUAAUGUAUGAAGAGCAUGUUGGCCUUUUUUUCACAAGGUUAUUAGCAUCAACAUAUACAUUUAAUUAAGUUUUUAUGUUUUGCUUAUCUUCAUUAGAAUUAGUCGGCUCUUGCUUUUGCUAGAUCCCAUCAUAUUUUAUUUGUAGAUAUGUUUACUUGAACUUAUUCCUGCCAAUGAUUUUAAAUCAGUGUGUGAUGUGCCAGUGUUUAAAUAAUAACUGUAACUAAAGGGAUUAUACUUACUCAGUUAGUAUUCUUCACCAUGAUUUGAAAAGUUUUCAGAAAAAUAGU